AUGGCUGACUGUAUGAACGUCGAGGUACCAGUGGUGGGUACACUGGGUACGAACGAGCUGGACGUUCGUUCACGAUCACAGGGCACCCUUUGCAAGUUCACGCAAGAGGUUCGCGUUGUCUCAGAGAGACCGCUACGCCGCCCACGUCGUCGCCGAUUACCGGGAGGUAUACGUGAAAGUCGGAAUAAUUACAGGCGGCACGGACGCAAAUCCUGCAAUACGGUAGUCAGUAGGCGGUAUGGCCUACCAACAGGCGCAUACAGGUAUACGCAAGCUCUUUGUCGGACGGAGGUGGAGUACGGGUUAUAUUGGCGCCACCUCCUGCACGGUUAAGCGAGCGACUAGGGCAGACUUACGCCUUACGCCUCUCUCUCUCCCUCUCUCUUUUCCCCUUUCUCCAGCUCUCUGACUAUUCGUAUCUCGUUCUCCCUCGUCGGUUCGCCCCUCGACACCUCUCGCUCGCACCAAUGCUCGCUUACUCCGGUCUGUUCCGUUCUGUUCUCUGCUCUUCUCUCCUCUCUCUCCCCUCUUUCGGCGGCUUGCUCGCUCGCUCGCGCGCUCUGCCCUCUCGUCCCUCUCCGCUGAUGCUGCAACUCCGGCUCGGCUAACCCAACCUAACCCGCGGGCCAACUUCAUUCCACGCCGACUGACCACCACCGACGG